GGUCGAUUGAUCACAGCAACGAGGGGAAACAAGCCGUUAUAUUUUAACCAGUGUGUAAAGAAGGCUCUUAGGUAACCCGCUCUCCGGGGCCCUUUUGCUUCAGAGAGUUCUGUUUUCCUGCAAAUCGCCGUGGGGAUGAAGUUUUCCAGUUUGGGGGUCCUCGUAGCCGCCGUCACCUUCUGUAAGCAGCAUGUCUUCGCAUUUCAGAGUGGCCAGGUCUUGUCUGCUCUUCCUAAAACCUCCACGCAAGUUCAAAUCCUGCAGAAUCUCACCACAACACACGAGAUUGUUCUCUGGAAGCCAGUAACAGCUGAGUUUAUCACGAAGGAAAAAGAAGUCCACUUAUUUGUGAAUGCGUCUGAUAUGACCAAUGUGAAAGCCCAUUUACAAGACAGUGGCGUCCAAUUCAGGGUCCUGAUGGAAGAUGUGGAAGAGCUAAUCCGCCAGCAGACUUCCAACGACACCAUCAGGCCCCGGGCCCCGUACGCGUAUUAUGAAAAUUAUCACUCCCUAAAUGAAAUCUAUUCUUGGAUAGACUUUAUAACCGAGCGGUAUCCUGACGUGGUUGAAAAAAUCCACAUUGGAUCCUCAUAUGAGAAGCGCCCACUUUAUGUGUUAAAGAUUUCGAGAAAGCAGCAAACGCCCAAAAUUGCUAUGUGGAUCGACUGCGGCAUCCAUGCCAGGGAGUGGGUCUCUCCUGCUUUCUGCCUGUGGUUCACAGGCCACGUGACUCAGUUCUAUGGGAGAGAACACCGGCACACCAAUAUUUUGAGGCACAUGGAUUUCUAUGUUAUGCCCAUAAUUAAUGUGGAUGGUUACGACUACACGUGGAAAAAGGACCGAAUGUGGAGAAAGAACCGUUCUUCCCAUGGAAACAAUAUUUGCAUUGGAACAGACCUGAACAGGAACUUCGCUUCCAGACACUGGUGUGAGAGAGGCGCGUCGAAUUUCUCGUGCUCGGAAGUCUACUGUGGCCCCUACCCCGAGUCGGAACCCGAGGUGAAGGCAGUGGCCGGCUUCUUAAGAAGAAACAUCAACCACAUUAAAGCCUACGUCACUAUGCAUUCCUACUCUCAGAUGAUAGUGUUCCCGUAUUCCUAUAACAGAAGCAGAAGCAAAGACCACGAGGAACUGUCUCUGGUGGCCAGUGAGGCGGUCCAGGCCAUCGAGAGCGCCAGUAAAGGCACCAAGUACACGUACGGCAGCGGCUGGGAAAGCCUGUACUUAGCUCCCGGAGGUCCAGAUGACUGGGUCUACGACUUGGGCAUCAAAUACUCCUUUACAAUCGAACUUCGAGAUACAGGCGAACACGGAUUCUUGCUGCCAAAGCGGCUGAUUGAGCCCACUUGCAAAGAGGCUCUAGCCGCGGUCUCUAAAAUAGCUUGGCACGUCAUCCGGAACGUGUAAUGCUCUUGAUCUCCUCGCUCUGCUCCCACACGUUAAUUUGCUGAUUUCAACAAGACUGCCUCGUGGUACCAGUUUCUUUUUAAGUUUCAUCAAUAGUUUUGAUAAAAAGUUUUCCUAUUCCUUGGUGUUUGUCAAAGAACAAAAUAAAUGUAAUAAACAAA